CAAACCAGAAGCUGAGAGUUGUGACAUAUAGGGCUGCUGUUUGUCCGUAAGAAGCUGUUUAUUCCUUUCUACAAUGGCAUCGACGGACCUGAGAGACGAGCUGAGCUGCUCCAUCUGCCUGAGCAUUUAUACUGAUCCGGUAAUGCUGCCCUGUGGCCAUAACUUCUGCCGGGGCUGCGUGGUGAGUGCUCUGAAUUCCCAACAGGCAACUGGGGCUUAUUCCUGCCCUGAUUGCAGAGCUGAGUAUCAGGAGCGCCCUGCCCUGCAGAGGAACAGAACUCUGGGGAACAUAGCAGCGCGGUUCUGUCCGACUGAGCCGGAGCCGGGGGAGACUGGGAUUCCCUGCACCUACUGUGUCCUCUCCCCUGUACCCGCUGUUAUAUCCUGUCUGCACUGUGAGGCUUCUCUGUGUGAUACCCACCUGCGGGGGCACAGCCAGUCGGCAGAACAUGUACUCACUGAGCCCACCGCUUCCUUUAUUGGGAGAAAAUGUUCUGUACAUCACAAGGUUCUGGAGUAUCACUGCUGUGAGGAUUCUGCCUGUAUCUGUGUGUCCUGCUGCCUGGCCGGGAAGCACCGGGGCCACAGGGUGGAGCUGCUGAGUGAGGCCUCUGAGAAGAAGAAAGAGAAACUGAGGAAAGUUCUGGAGAAACUGAGCCCAGAAAGAGAGGAGACUGAGAGAGGAGCCCAGAGGCUGCAGGAGCGCAGGAGAGAAGGGGCAGAAGCGGCAGCCGGUGAGACAGAGAUAGUCACUGCCCUGUUUAGGGGCAUCAGGAAAGAGCUGAAAGCCCUAGAGAAGCGACUCCUGAGUGACAUCUCCAGGCAGAAAGAGGAGCUCUCACUCCCACUCACUGAGCUGAUCCAACAGCUGGAAAUAAAGAAGGAUGAGCUGUCCAGGGAGAUCCGGCACAUUGAGGAGCUGUGCAACAUGGCAGAUCCACUCACUGUCCUACAGGAACAAUGGGAAUCCCAUGGGGCUGCCUUUUGUGGGGCUGAGGGGGCAGAUACUGAGGGCAGAGAGAGAGAGGAUACUGAGGGGGGUAUAAAGGUCCCGGCUGUAGGGGAUCUGGAUGUGGGUCGGAUCUCAGAGACAUUACUCACAGGCUUAGCUGGGAUUGUGACUGGGGUAAAGGGAAGGAUCUAUGGGCAGGAGGCUACAGACCUGGUACUGGAUAUAAACACGGCUCAUAAUCGUGUAUCUGUAUCAGGGGACAGGAAAUCUGCUUCCCACUCACUAACAGAACUACAUUACCCACAAUCCCCAGAAAGAUUUCAGGUUUAUCCUCAGGCUUUAAGCAGCAGGAGUUUCCCCUCAGGGCGACAUUACUGGGAAGUGGAAGUCAGUGUUUCAGGGGGCUGGGGGGUAGGGGCGGCCUAUCCCAGUAUAGAGAGGGGAGGCAGGCAAUCUGGUAUUGGGAUUAAUAACAAGUCCUGGUGUUUGUACAGAGGCAAUAAUAACAAAUAUUCAGUGGGACAUGACAAUAAAUGGCCACAGUUACCCCAUGUCCCUUCCUGCAGGAGAAUCAGGAUCUGGUUGGACUAUGAGGCCGGACGCCUGUCCUUUUAUGAGCUGAGUGAGCCAAUCAGGCGCUUACACACCUUCACUGCCUCCUUCACUGAGCCCCUUCAUGCUGCAUUCUAUGUUUAUGGGGAUGGUACCUGGGUGAGAAUCAUCAGUUAGGGCCCAGGGCUGGAGACACUUUAUUCUGCCAUAUGACAAUUUCUUGUGAUGUCUUCCUUUCCCCUUUACCCCCCUUUCCUUUAUAAACAGGGCAAUUAGUUCACAGCUCCCUAUCUCUCUUUAAAGAAAUGCCUCCCUUCUCUAAGCAGUAGCAUUGGGUAGCUCAUUAUAAGGGCCUCUUAGUGGAUACUUAAUGAUUGUAUCAUAUUCUCCAUUGCUCUGUAGGACCAGGAAGUGACAGGAAGUGCUAAAGUGAAACUAGCUUCAUAUUCUUCUAUAGUGCCAGGAAUAACAGACACCAUAGAUAUUUUGUAAUUAUAACAAAAGAAAUGUUGAGCACAAGCCCUGUUCAUUGAGCUCAUUUUGAAAAUGGGUGUAUACUGUCCAUUUAAAGGUGUAUUCUGUCCCAUUUUGACUAUCAAACCCCCCACCCCCCAUGUAGGCACUGAUACAUAAUAUAUGGCACCUGUGUUACAUUUGGGCUACAAGCAGCUGUUUCCUGCUGUUAUGCCAGAGCAGUAUUGUGCUGGCACCAUAAGAGUUAAUACUAACAACAUUGGGUCUCAGGCCCAUAACUAGAUAUUCCAGCAGGGGACUGUGGGAAAGGGACUCACCAUAUAGGACUAAUCAGAACCAGACCAUUGGGCAAGAAGCUGGGACAAUUGGUGGAUUAUAGAAAAGCAUACCUCCCAACAUUUAAAAAUUAAAAAGAGGGACAAUUGUAUAUGCCACGCUGAGUGCUGCAAUAUUUUGGCCACGCCCCUUUUGACCACACCCACAUUACAAAACACCCUCUUUUUCCAUGGUUGGAAUGGCAGCAUCAGACACACCAAGUGCACUAAUGUUUUAAGCACUUUCUAGUCAAAACGUGUUUGUUAGGUACACAAAAGACUUAAGAAAAAGGGCCACAGUCAUAUUGUUGGUAUACUUUGUAUAACAGCUGCUAAAUAUAUUGGCUCUAUAUAAACAGAGAUGAUAUAUAAUUUACCACAGUAUAUACCCUAUCUACCUUUGUUCCCAAGAUCUUUGCUUUUUAUUUCCCUUUCCUUAUCUUUUGUUUGCUCUUCUUCCAGUAUUUCUGUUUUGUGCUUUUCCUUCACUUCCAAGAUUUGCUUUUCACUUGCAUUUUUCUUUUGCUUUACCUGUUUUUUUAUGGCUCAGCCAGAUCCCCACCGUGUGUUUGUAAAUACACCAAAUUGUAAGUGGAGGAUAAUAAGGAAGAGUUUGAAGAGAAAGGGUUAAAGUGCACUCAAGGUGGGCAGAAAUCCAGCCCCUUUCCCUAGCCAUGUGAGUGAGCACAGCCAAUGGGAGUCUUACAAACACGGAGAAGCAUCCUGUAUUUUUCUUGUUGUAAGUGGGCUGGGUUUGGCUUGAGUGGAGUAAAGGCGGCUGGGUUUGGCUUGAGUGGAGUAAAGGCGGCUGGGUUUGGCUUGAGUGGAGUAAAGGCGGCUGGGUUUGGCUUGAGUGGAGUAAAGGCAGCUGGGUUUGGCUUGAGUGGAGUAAAGGCGGCUGGGUUUGGCUUGAGUGGAGUAAAGGCGGCUGGGUUUGGCUUGAGUGGAGUAAAGGCGGCUGGGCUCGGCUUGAGUGGAAUAAAGGCGGCUGGGUUUGGCUUGAGUGGAGUAAAGGCGGCUGGGUUUGGCUUGAGUGGAGUAAAGGCGGCUGGGUUUGGCUUGAGUGGAGUAAAGGCGUCUGGGUUCGGCUUGAGUGGAGUAAAGGCGGCUGGGCUCGGCUUGAGUGGAGUAAAGGCGGCUGGGUUCGGCUUGAGUGGAGUAAAGGCGGCGGUGCUGAAGAAGCGGGACAUUCUAACAACAAUCCGGGACUGCAGGAUGUAGUAUAAAAAUCGAGACUGUCCCGUGAAAAGCGGGACAGUUGGGAUGUAUAGAAAAGAACUGUUUUAUUCACUUUUAUUUUCUUUACACUUUGCAAUUUGAUAUUAUGUAGGUCUCUUUGUAACAUUCUUUCUGUACAGAGAUGCACUGUUUCCUUUUGUAAUAUUAAAUGUAAUAAGCUUUGA